AUGGCCAACCCAAGGUAUAAUACAGAGCUUAUAUAUCCCAGGAUUGCACCAAUCAAGGACAUCUCGAUGCUGUCUCCAUCCUCGACUGUAACAGACCAUGCGCCACUCUUCCAAGCAAGAAACCAUCCAAGGCAGCCAAUAAAUAUCACUGAGAUUAUCGAGAAGAAAUUUCGAGUCAUCUCCUCCAUGGUACUGGCAUCUUUCUCAGCAACGGCGGAGAGGGCAGGAUUACUAGGUAUGGUUCCAGAAGGCCUGUUACGGGAGUUUGCGCCUGAGCUUCUGCGGCGGGAAAACAAUGGUUGGGUGGGGUCGUCUACUCUGGGAUAUUAUGAUAAUAUCUGCAAGGCAGAAGUAUAUGGCGAGAGUGAUGACGGUGGAAAGCAGAUUGGACUUUACGGCACCUACAAAUGGGGAUCAGCAAUCUUUGGUAACAGCGACCAUGUGUCGUAUGCAGCUCGCGAGAGUAGAUGUGGGCAGUUGAUUGCAUUCACGGAGGAAAUGAGCAACAGACCAGCCAAAUUUGCAAUGUCGCCGAAAAGCCAUAUGAGUAAAAAGGCUGUAGAUACACCAUCACCACUUUGA